GGAGGAACCAACAGAAAAGGUGGAGGCAACCAAAGGAGAGCAAAAGGCAACCGAGCAGCAGGCCAAGAAAGAGAAACCGGCGAAAGAAAAGAAGACAGAAAAGAAGGUGGAGGAGGCUAAAAGCCCCAAACGUCAGAAAAUCAUGCAGUGCAAAGUCACCUUACUGGACGACACUCAGUUUGAGUGUGAACUUGAUAAACAUGCUAAAGGCCAGGAACUUUUAACAAAAGUGUGUGACCAUGUCAACCUUCUGGAGAAGGAUUACUUUGGCCUUGCUAACUGGGAAACACCAACCAGCAAGACAUGGCUGGAACCCACCAAAGAGAUCCGAAAGCAGGUUUCAGGUGCUGUCUAUGAGUUUACAUUCAACGUGAAGUUCUAUCCUCCUGAUCCUGCACAGCUGACUGAAGAUCUCACCAGGUACUUCCUCUGUCUUCAGCUGAGGAAGGACAUUAUGCGUGGAGUUCUUCCCUGUUCCUUUGUCACACUGUCCUUGCUGGGCUCCUACACAGCCCAGUCAGAGGUGGGAGAAUAUGACCCAGAGGUUCACGGGUCAGACUAUCUUAAAGAUCUAAGCCUGGCUCCUGGACAGAGCAAAGAGCUGGAGGAGAAAGUGAUGGAGCUACACCGUACUUACAGGUCAAUGAGCCCAGCCCAAGCAGACAUGCUGUUUCUGGAAAAUGCCAAGAAACUUGCCAUGUAUGGAGUUGACCUGCACCAAGCCAAGGAUCUUGACGGUGUUGACAUUACGCUGGGGGUUUGCUCCAGCGGUCUGAUGGUUUACAAGGACAAACUUCGAAUCAACCGUUUCCCUUGGCCUAAAGUGCUCAAGAUCUCUUACAAACGGAGCAGCUUCUUUAUUAAAAUCAGACCAUCAGAGCAAGAGCAGUAUGAGAGCACUAUCGGCUUCAAACUACCCAACUACAAGGCCUCAAAGAAGUUGUGGAAAGUUUGUGUUGAACAUCAUACCUUCUUCAGGGUGUCGACAGUGGAGCCUCCUGCAUCCCGUCGCUUCCUCGUCUUGGGCUCUAAGUUUCGGUACAGUGGUCGCACUCAGGCACAGACCCGCCAGGCGAGCUCCAUGAUCGACCGCCCAGCCCCUCGCUUUGCACGUUCUGCAAGCAAGAGGCUGUCUCGUAACCUAGACGGAGCUGGAGAGGAGACUCUCCAGUUUCUGCAGCAACUUUCAGGAUCAGGCAGGUCUGAGACUGAUGACUGGUCGUUAGUGAUGGAACUUGACAAACCUCAGUCUUCUCUUGAAUUCCCAGCCAAAGGGGAAUCAGAGCAGACUUCCGCUCAGUUCUGGGAGGAGGGACAGUCUGUUCAGACCUGGCAGGGGACAACCGUUACCCGGUCAGUCAGUCAGCCAUGGCAGGAGCUGGCAACCGAUGAGCAGCAGCAGAUGAGACAGGAAGACGAUUGGUCUGCCCUUCUGUACCAUGAUCGUCCAGUUCCCGUGGUCUCAACUUUUGAUGUUGUAAAAGAGCCAGCCAAACCCAGCUUGGCAGAAAUGACCUCCUUGGCCCAGCUUUUCCAACCAGAAUUCAUCCAACGAGAUGAUUGGUUCAUCUUGUUUUCCUCUGAAUGUGUACAACAGCCUCUGUCUUCAUCCCAAGUCCAGUUCCAGCUCCGAGUGGAGGAGCAGAGUACAGAAGUGACCACUAAGGAAGUGAUUCAAAGGCUGCAGGAAACAGUUACCUUAGUAGACAAGAUGACAGAGGUGGAUGUUUUGGAAGGAAAGCUAAGGGAAGUGAGGGGCUUAGAGGAAAGGCUGCAGGAUGUGGAUGAGAUGGCAGAGAGACUUCAGAAAGUAAUAGAAGAGGAGUUAGGGAAGGAGGAAGUUGAAAAGUUAAGAAAAGAGGAGGAGUGGGAGCAGCAAGGUAAAGGUAUUACAAAGGUGGUAGUAAGGAAAUCUGUGAGGAAGAUGGAGAGAACAGAUGAAGAUGAGGAUGAACUAGAAGAAGAAAUAAAGCGGGUGUUCUUUAAAGGUUUGUUACCUGAAGAAGAAGAAGAGAGUGAAACUUUGGUGACGCAAGAGAAUCUUUUAGAUGAGAGUUUGAGAGAGAAGCUACGCCAGAUCGAAAAAGAAUGGCAAGGCGAGGUGGAGGAGAAGUUUGCUUCUCCAGAACUUGCUGGUACCACCUCUGUAGUAGCAUAUCAGAGGGUGGAGCGUACCGCUAAAAAGAGGGUAACAGUAGAAGAUGGAGGACAGUCUGGUGGGACAGUGUUAGACAAAUGGGAGAUAGCGGAGGAGAGGACACAGAAAGAGGUUACGGGGAGGGGUCAGGCCGAGGAUCAUGUUCAGAUGGAAGAUGAAGAUGACUGGUUUGAACUUUUUCAUCGCCCUCUAUAUAAACCAGCAGGGAAUGGAAGUGAAUAUUUCAGCUCGAAGUCUGAGGUUGCUGCCCUUGUGGUGAAAACAGAAGUUAAAGUUGAGGAGAGGAAAGUAAGACAGGAGGAAGUGUGGAGAGUGCCUGAGAUCCUACAGCAACCGUAUGUCGUAGGAAGAGUCGAUGACUCUUGGUUUGUGCUGCUGGAAGUUCCUCCCAGAGAAACAUCUUAUUUACCACAAGUCACAUUAAGAGAGAGAGCCCAGACAGAUGACCAAGCUUUUGUCUCUGUGGCCGGAGAUGUAGAAGAGGAAAAGGUACUAAUUGAAGAGAGACAGAUAAUACAAGAGGCACCGAGGUAUCUAGAAGAAAUCCUACAACAGCAGGUGGCGGACAGAGAAGAUGACUGGUUUAAGUUGUUGGAUGUUCUUCCCAGUAAAACAACAUAUGUGCCACCAGGUAUAGUGACCCCAAAAGAAGGUGUCUCUCUGACUGAAGUAAUGGCUGUCAAGCAGCGAGAACAAAGAGCAAAGGUUUUAGUCAGGGACACAGAAAUAAAACUGAUUCCAGUUGAGAGGGAAGAUGACUGGUUUAUGCUGCUGGAUGUUCCUAUUAGACAAACAUCUUUUGUGCCUCCAGUUUCCAUGGCUGAGUCCUCUCAGGUUUAUCACAGAGAAAGUGUCUCCAGUGUGAGUAAGGUUUUGACUGUAAAGUCCAGGUCGGACAUUGUAGUUGAGGAAAUUUUGAUGCAGAAAGACGACAAGCAGCUUCCAGAGCAGAAAAUGUUGCUACCAAUGAGGGAGGGAGAGGAUGAUUGGUUUUUGCUGCUGGAUUUCGUUUCCAGAGCGACUUCUUAUGUGCCUCCAGUUUAUGUGCCACCACCAUCUAAAAUCUAUCCAGCUGUUCCAGCUAAAGCAGAAAGUGUGCAGCCAAAGUUUUAUCUUGACCAGAUUAGCCCGCAGCCUUUUCAGCAGCUGCCAAAGAUCGAUGAUGACUGGUUUAUUCUGUUUGAUGCUGUUCACGGAAAAGCAGUUACAGUACCAACAGCUACUCCACUUGAGAUUGUUCGGGAUAUGAAGAAGACAUUUGAGGCUGAGGUGAAAACUACAGAAACUAGAACAUACAAGAAGGUGAUAAUUGGUGUGGACAGGAGGCAAGAUGGGACACGCAUUUCUGAAAUUAGACCGAGCCAACUUGCACCACUUUCAGAGACAGGAGGAGAAAAUGAUUGGUUUAAGCUGUUUGAUGUCACACGAGGGAAACCAGUAGUCAUGCUCCCAGUUGCUGUGGUUCAGCGUGUCACUCCACCAGCUGAACCAAAACCAGAUUAUGUGAUGGAAGCUGUGAGACCAGCUGUGGUGUUGGUUAACCAGCCACAACCAAGAAAAGUGGAAGAUGACUGGUUUGUGCUGCACGAUGUUGCAGAACAAGUAUCAGUGCCAGUGGCUGUGGAUGAACUUGUCACUGUCCGUCCUGUGGUGAGAAGAGCCAAAGAGUUUGCAAUCACAGAGCAGAUAACACAGAGGAGAGUUACUAUAGUGGAGGAGAAGUGGCAGAAGAAAGAUGUGGUGCAGCCACAACCAGCAGUGAGACAGGUGGAGGAUGACUGGUUUGUACUUCUGGAUGUGGCACCUAAGAAAUCAGUUGCUCCUCCUGAAGGCAUCCAGGUCCCAGCAAAGGUCAAACUUCCAGCUGCUGUGGUCACAAGAAAGAUUGAUAUUUCAGAGAUAAGACCCCAGUUUGAGAAGCGGAUUCUGGAAGAAAGAGUCCCGUUGGUUCAAUCACAAGCCGGUGAUGAUUGGUUUGUUCUGCUAGAUUUUGACCUCAAAGAGUCAGUUGUGAGCACACAGAGAGGCAUGCGUCCUGUCAGCGCUCCGGUAUUCUCCCAGGCUGCUCUUGCAGAGGCAGGGAUCCCCAUGGCCCCUCUCGAGCAGCCACAGACCUCAACUCCCAUCAAGACCAGCCGCCAGGAGGAGAGGAAGCUGGAAGUCACUGUAGAAGCUGUGGAGCCCUCAAGGAUGGAGGCCGUGGCUGAGGUCAAGACAGCAGUGUGGAGGGAGCAGAGAGAAGUAGACUCUUCACUGAUAUCCACCAUCAAUGGGGACAUUCAGCACGAGUCGGAGACGAGCUUGGAGGGGGUGCGAAUGCGAAAGAAAAGAGCUAAGAAAAUUGAGGGUGACUCAAUUUAUGUCAGACAUAGCAUUUUAAUGCUGGAGGAGUUUGAAAAACCUCAGGAGGAUCUGCUCAAGCACCAUGCCAGUAUCAGUGAGCUGAAGAGGAACUUCAUGGAGGCUGUCCCCGAGCCGAGGCUGAGCGAGUGGGACAAGCGCCUGUCCACACACUCUCCGUUCCGCACCCUGGGCAUCAAUGGCCAGCCUCUACCCAGUGCAGAUGGGUUUGUCAUCCGCCUCCCGCGCGGCCCCCUGCUAGACUUCUACUCCAAACGCAGCUGAGGGGCCGUCUGAACCCUGCGGAAACCUAACACAGGUGUGAAUGUGAGCCACGGAGAGCGCACCUAGUCCAUCUACCCAUCAACCUCUAGCUCUCUCUUCUCCUUCUCUCCUACUUUUGCCUCAUCUGCAACAUCACUCCAGCAUUGCUCAUCCUUCAUCCUCUGCUCCACUUGAGAAGCUGCCCUUUUUUUCAGACCUCUGCUCAAAAAGACUUUGACUCCUUCUUUCCCACUGCUGCACAACCUCCCUGGUUUCUCCAGCCACAAACAGACCUCAACUCCAAAGACUGAAUAGGACUGAAAAUAAUAACCAACCCACAACUGUUUUUGCAUUUUCUGUGAUGGACUUUAAGGAUAAUUGAAACAUUUUUUAAUAACUGGCAUUUACCAGAAGGUUUUUAAUGUCUGAUCGCAUCACUUUGAGCUUGUUUUCAUACACAUAUCAAGGUGCAUUUAUAUUGUCCGAAGUUUUAGGUUUUAGGUUGUCUUCAUAUCAGCUGAUUACUGUGACCUUUUUCUUAAACACUGGAGGUACUCACUACAUACAGCAGUCGUGUUACUGGAGGGUUUAUUAAUGUUAUCUUUCACUGUUGUAGUAUUUCCUGUGGUUGGAAACCUUGAGGCAGCUCAAUUGUAAUACUUUAUUAUCUUAUUUGUCCUUCACCAGUAUUUGGAAAAGACAAUAUGUAGCAGUUGCAAGGGAUUCCUUGUUGCAUGACUUUUUGACAAUCAUCUUUGACCAAAGAAUAAAAAGCAUUCCAUAUACAGUUCAUAUUAUUGUUCUUUUUAAUUAUCAUUUAUUUAUUGUUUUUCUUUCCAGGAGGUGGAUUUUAUCAUUCACAAGUCAGAUUUUGGCAAUGAUGUGCAAAUGCAUGGCUGUACUGGUUAUAAAUCUCCUGUAUCUUGUCAUCCAUAAGGAAAAUUUAAACUCCAUUCAACUCACCCAGUCCUCUUUGUUCAUGUUAUGAAUCUCCCUUAAGAAUAUAAGUGAAAACCGUUAGAAUCAGUCAUCCUGCCAUGAUCUCAGACUGGGAAAUUAUGGUUUCACAACAGCAUUAUAUGUAUUGAAUAGUAAGGAAGUGAUGCAAUAGCAUAUUACAUAACUAAUACAACUAGAAAACGAGCCUAGAAUAAUAUAGAAUGAAAAAAUAGAAAUAUACCAUUAACAAAUAUGCAGAGAAAAAUAGAAAAUAGAUUAAAAAAACUAUUAAAUUAUACAAUUAAAUAUCAAGAUAAGAAAUUAGAAAUAAGGAAAAUAUGGGGUUUAAGAUAUAAGCAUUGUGCAGUUACAUUAAGGAUGUAUAAUGAUGCCGUGGUGUUUGAAAGAAGACAAAUUAAACAGUAGUGGGUCCAGAGAAGAGCUAUUGUAUAGUUUUAUUGACUGUGGCAGGUAUAAUCUUGGGUUGUAACAGCGGAGCUGGAUGAGUCUCCUUGAGAAGGAGCUCCACUGUCUGUCCAGUGUGUGGUGGUAAAGAUGGCCAAGUACAUGUAUGUCCAUGACAGAUGCAUAAGUGAACAGUUUGUUCAGUCCUCUCCACCUCAGCCUGGAACAGCUCCUGUCUACAACAACAAAAGAACCAGCUUUCCAGAUCGUUUCUCUGCCAAGACGAAGUUCAUAUAUUCGGCAUCACUGGUUUUUCUGUCUGUCUGUUAGCAACAUAACUCAAAAAGUUAUGGACAGAUUUUCAUGGAAUUCUCAGGAAACCACAGAAAUGGAAUAAGGAACAGAUGAUUAGAUUUUGGGGGUGAUCCAGGAAAUUUUUAAAGGAUUCUUUAUUAUGAGGAAAUAGAGAUAAUUUUUACAUUUGAGCUUUUAACUAAAAAAUAAUGCCCACAAUUAUUGGCAAAAAAAAUUCAAAUUGCUCAGCGCAGGUCUGCACUCAAUCUGUUCUUGUCUCUGGUCCUAGUGAAGCAACCCCAGCAAAGAAUGCGAUGCUGGUAACAUCUCCAUCUUACUACACAUGUUGAAGGAUCUCAGCUUCCUCAUGAAAUAAAAUUUUGUUUGUUUUUUUUUUUUAGCCCUUCUUGCACACAGCCAUUCUAUCUGCCUUUCAGUCCAAUCUUCACUGUGACAUUCUUCCCUGGUCGAUCCAAAAGGCCUGUGGAACUGUCCUCUAUAAACUGAAGUUGAUCGCUAUCUUUCUCUACAAAAUUGUCCACCACCUGCUUGUACUCCCCCUCCUGUGGAUCACUUAUACACCCCACUACUGCAGAAUGGUCAGAGAACUUCUGCAGGGGGCACGUACUGAAGAUGCUGCAAAAUCCUGAAGGUCCAAAUGUGCAUGUGAUGUAGACAUUUCACCUAAGUAAAAUUCAUGGGUGAGCUGUUGCUUUGGAUUGGGUUAGAAGUGAAACUAAUAAGAAGACCUAUGAGUACCGGUAACAGCUAAAGAGAAAAACCCUAAGAUUAUUCCUGAAGAAAUAAUUAGUCUAUGAAAUACACCACUGAAAGUCAUUUUACAUCCUGUGGAAAGAGAUUAAUGAAAGAGUCAUUUUUAAGCUGUUUAAAAAAAUAUGAAUAAUGUAAUAGAGUUCACCAUUAACCAAAAGAAUAAAAGUUUCAAAGAAUUUAAAAUAAUUCUUCUAAGAAGAAUAAACCAAAAUUAAAAACCAAAAGUAUUCUUCAAGCAUCAACUGUGGCAGAACAAAAUUAAAUAUAAUUGUAAUGGAACAGAAUGUAAAUUUGGUUGAAUGAAAGCAAAAUAACAACAAAUGCAGCAGAAAAAAUUUUAUUCAAAUAAAGUAUAUAUUAGUUUGAUUUAUUAUUUACUGUUUGGUUAACAAUUAUCCUCUGGGAUCCAUGGAUGUGAUGUUUAGUAAAAAAUUCAACCCAAGUAAGUAAAAACUGACAGAUUGAUGCAAGAGGCCGAGCUAAAACAAAAUCCACCUACAUUUUUAGAGAUAACCUGAAAUUUAUAGAAGCUUUCACAUUAGUGUUUUUAUUUUUUUAAGAAAAUCAGUGAUGUGAACGCCGAGCGUUGGGUGAGUUGGCAUUGAAAAUGUACUGUAGCUACAUAUGAAGUCACUGUACUUGUAGAUUAGUAACUUACAGAAGUGUGUGUGUGGAAAAGCCUUGAUUAUGGCCUCCAUUUAAGCUGAGGUUAUAAAAUAUUGCAGAAUUUGCCAUAAGAAAACUAUUAGGUCCCUAAAUAUCUGUCCAACAAUUAAACUACAUACAGUGUAUUCACUCUUGUUAACUUGAAUUGGAACAUUUGUAUAAUUUAUAUUUACUCCACUUGUUAUUUAGAGUACUCUCCCUGCCCAUGAUGACAUGGUGACUGUUGUUGUUUUUUUCU